AUGUCGUACAAAUCCAUAUUUCUUGACUGUCGCACUGCUGUCGACUAUGUUCACUUAGAGAGCAACAUGAAAGACAUCAUAAUGCAAAAUAUGGAGAAAUAUGUGGUCCAAGAUGAUCGAGCUACUGUUUUGCUCAAACAGUUACGCGAAAAUGGACGUCAGACUUUUCUACUAACCAAUAGUGACUAUAGAUAUACGGAUAAAAUGAUGUCUUUCAUUCUUGGUCGUGACUGGCGAUCAUAUUUCAAUAUUUGUGUAGUAGAUGCUAAGAAACCUAAAUGGUUUGCUGAGGGUACCGUAUUCCGUGAGGUGGAUAUCAAAACUGGAGCGCUAAAAUUAGGGGUUCACACGGGUCCACUGAAGGAAGGUGUUGUCUACUCAGGAGGUUCGAGUGAUGCAUUCCAUAAAAUCGUAAAAGCUCGAGGGAAAGAUGUAUUAUACAUUGGUGACCAUAUCUUUGGUGACGUCUUGAGGUCAAAGAAGUCUCGUGGCUGGAGAACGUUCCUUGUUGUUCCUGAACUCGACCAUGAACUCACAGUGUGGACAGAUCGUCGGCCACUGUUUGAGCAGCUGAACCAACUUGACAAUACCCUUGCCGAUAUUUACAAACAUCUAGACGCAACAUCAAGGAACAAACCACAAAUCCAUACUGUACUUCAACAAGUCAAGAAUCUUGCUCAUGAAAUGGACCAAGAAUACGGAGUAUUAGGAUCACUAUUUCGUGCUGGCUCUAGGACAACAUUCUUUGCCUCCCAAGUGGAGAGGUAUAUUUUUAAUUCUAAUUGGAAAGCUAAUGCUGAAGUUUUUGAUCUACUUAUGCGCUAGGU